CACGUCGCCUGACUCUUCUUCGAUUGAUGUUUUGGGAGCAGGGGUGGCAUUUAUAGCACAUUGGCAUACUUCGGUUCGAUCCGUUCGGGUCGCUUGUAGGGUUCGACCGUCCUCGUCGGGCUUGGAACGGCACAAUGAUUCAAAACCACACUCUAAAAAAGGGUUUGCAAGAAGGGGAUAGCAAGAGGAUGGCGAUGUCCGAGUGACGGAAGCAAUCUAUGUCGAGGUAUGUAUGCUACGGUAUCCCGAGCUACAUGGGGCUACCAAAGGAAGAAAAGAAAAAAAAACUGUAUACGGCGGACGUGGUGUGGUCCCUGCUUUGGUUCCUCUCUCGCUGCCCGUUUCGAUCCCUCGCCCAGCUGCGUCCUAUGCCUCGUUUUGUUAGUCUAUACUUCCCCCCUGCCCCCCCUCUCCCUAUUUGCUAGGCUUGCCACGUUAGAGGGGUUGCAUACUUGUUGGGGGAUGUGGACAGGCAAACAACGUUCUUGCCUGCCCUUCUGCGAGAGGAACUCACGAACUGCGCCCCCAUGUGGUAAGCGUACCGCCGUGAGCGCCGGGGCGGACUCGCAACGGGGGGGGGGGGGAAGGGUUGAGGGUUAUUAUUCCCUCCCACUUUUAUCCUGUCGCCCCCUUUUUCAGAUGUUUCCGUCCCUAGCGAGGGAGGGCCGUUUGCCAAGCAGAUCCAUCAAAGCCAUGAGGCAGGGACACACUGGUCAACGACACGGGGCGUUUGGUGCCCGUUCGUCUCGAACGAAGCAUGUUGAGUGCAAAUGUCGCUCUUGAUGAUUUGGAUUUCCGCAUGGCCUCGGCCCCCCCCCCCCCCUCUUGCCCCCUCCUUUUCCACUUCCGCGCUUGACGAGUUUCUUUGCCCUUGAAUCCGGAAGCCCGGGUGUCGCGUCACCCACUCCGAACAAGGUUUUUGCUUUGCUCUUGAGGCAUAUCACCAUGCACAGCAGGCAC